CAAAUACGCUGUAGAAUCUGUUUGGACUUUUAUGGCGUGUGAAAUUUUUGCAGUAAGUGUGAAGUUUGGAGGAGCCAAGUGAGACAAAGCAUGGCUAAGUGUUGAACCCUUCUGUCCUGGGAGGCAGUCCAGAUAUGACCACAGUAUCCAUGGAGCCUGUGGGAGUCCUCGUGGAGAGGGGCGCCAACGCCACCGACCCCCCUCUGAGCUCACAUGAGGACACAGCCGCCACUUUUACGAUCGGCACCAUCCUUUCCAUCAUGUGCCUCAUCGGAGUCUCAGGGAACAUCUACACCCUGGUGGUCAUGUGCCACUCCAUGAGGACUGCAGCUUCUAUGUACAUCUACAUCAUAAACUUAGCUUUGGCAGAUCUGCUGUAUCUUCUCACCAUACCCUUUGUAGUCUGCACACACUUCCUAAAGGGGUGGUACUUUGGGGAUGCAGGGUGUCGGAUUCUGAUCAGCAUGGACUUCCUGACCAUGCACGCCAGUAUCUUCACACUGACAAUCAUGAGCACGGAGCGUUAUUUUGCCGUGAUCAAGCCACUCGACACAGUCAAACGGUCUAAAAGUUACCGGAAGGCCAUUGCUCUGCUGGUUUGGGCAGCAUCUCUCAUACUCACCCUACCAAUGAUCGUGAGCAUUCAGCUAAUGACACUGGGCAACAAGGCCAUGUGUCAGCCCACACUGUCGCCACUGUCCUACAAGAUUUACAUCUCCUUCCUGUUUUGCACUAGCAUUGUCGCUCCUGGACUGAUCAUUGGCUAUCUCUAUAUCCAGCUUGCACGCACUUAUUGGGUUUCGCAGACGGAGACCUUCAAACUGACCAAGAAACUUCCCAAUCAAAAGGUGCUGUACCUGAUCUUCACCAUCGUGCUCCUCUUCUGGGCAUGCUUCCUGCCCUUCUGGAUCUGGCAGCUGCUGGGUCAGUUCCACCCCUCGCUGCCCCUAUCCACCAAAGCCAAACGCAACAUCAACUACCUGACCACGUGUCUGACGUAUUCCAACAGCUGCAUCAACCCUUUUCUGUACACGCUGCUCACCAAGAACUACAAGGAGUACCUGAGGAAGCACAAGCGGUCCUGGAGUGCUGGCAGCUACUUCAACAGGAGUCGUCGCUUUCAGCGUUCGCCACGCAGGUCGCCAUCUUCCAGCAGUCAGCAAUGUACUGAGAGCUUUAUGCUCACACACACAGCCUCUCUGCGAGCACAUAACAGCAGUUUGUAAGAAAAUCAAUCUCACUGAAGGACAGGUUGAAUAGGGAUUCCAAGAAGCUCCGCUCAUGUCUGAGUUCCUGUCCUAAUCACAAGUGGAGGGCUGAACUGGUAUCCAUGGGAACAAGAGAUCUUCUAUUACAAUAAACCAAGAUGUUUUUAUAUCUGUCUGUGUGUGGCUGUUUGCCGAGGGAGCUACACUCUGCAUGGGCUAAUCUGGUGCAAUAAAUCACAGUCAUCUAGCAGUCAUAAAAAGCGGUUACAAUCAAUAGAAUGUCUGGAUGUGUGCUCACAGAACAGCCUGUGAAUGUAAUCUAACUUUACAGCUUUCUCCCUCUCUCUCAACCACUGACACUA